AUGGGGUUAGAAUGGAAGAAGGAAAACUUGGAUUUGAGCUUAGUACCUAUGAGCUUGUACCUCAGAAAUCCAGACACCACCGUCAUCGGCUACGAGAAUUACAGCAAAAGAACUUGGGUUGAAAAAAUGUUUACGCUAGCUCCAAAAGAUAGGCCGGCGACAUCGGUACUAGGAAACAACAUCUCCGCAGCAUCAAACCUGUCAUCAAUAACCUUAGUCAUGAGUUCUUUAAUCGGAGCAUGGUUAGGGAGUUCGGACAAUAUAUUCUCAAGCAGUUUCGUAUACGGAGACACAAGCCGUACAGUUAUGACGAUAAAGUACGUAUCUUUACUCGUCUGCUUUCUUGUGGCAUUUGGUGCUUUUGUUCAGACCACAAGGUGUUUCGUUCACGCGAGUUACCUUUUAACCAUACCAGAUGAAAUCCCUACGGGAUAUGUGGAAAGGGAAGUGAUCAGAGGGAGUCAUUUCUAUGAAUUUGGAAUGAGGGCACUUUAUUUUGCAAUGACGUUUCUGGUGUGGGCUUUUGGUCCGAUUCCAAUGCUGGUUACUUCCAUAGUUUUGGUGAUUUUGUUGAAUUUCCUGGAUACCAACACAAAGCCGCUGCUUCACGUUGACUCGGAGGUCCAUCACCACCACGACGGCGCAAUCAUCAAGAUUAAGUCUGAUCCUGCUGCUGCGGUUGGUGAUGGGCAUCAGUAG